UUAGUUGUUUAUAUUGAUGUGUUUAACCGUAAGAAUGAUUGUAAAUGGGGUUUAAAAAUCUGAUAUUUUAGAGUAUGUGUAAUGUUUGGAUACAUGUGUGUAAUAGGAGAAUAUGUUUGGGUGUGUUCAGUGUUUAGAUAGAUGUGCUUUAAAGGAUGAAAUAUAAGUGUUUUCAACCGUCAAAAGAGAAAGUAGAUUUUUCAACAAGGAAGUUAUUUGCUUCUGAAUAUAAUUCAGUGAUACUUAACAGACGAUGUAGUGAUGACAAUGAAACAAUCAAUCGACCAAAAACAGUAACUCAAAUCGAACGUUUUGGUUUAAUUCAUUAUAUCCUGAACUUCCAUGAGCAUUUGACAUGGCAUCAAAGCAGAUUCAGUGUGAAAUGUGCAGUAAUGAAAUUGCAGUUGGAUAUUGCAAAACUUGUGGAUACGUUGGUGAAACAUGUGUAAAUAUUCACAAGACAGGAAAGAUGUUUCAAACUCAUACUGUCAUUAUGCAUGAGGCUGUAAAAUUGCAUGAGGAUGGUACUAAAAAUCCAAAUGUCAAAUUACGGGACAUCACAGAAGAAAGAUGUAAGCAGCAUCCGACUGAGAAUGCUAUAUUUCUUUGUAAUAUUCAUGAUUCCAUGAUUUGUGGCCGAUGUCUUCAUUCGGGACAUCGGCCUUGUGGAGAAGAAGUCGUUGACUUGCUGCAUGAAGUAGUUAAAAUUGACUGCGAGAAAGUCAACACAAUGAAGUCACUGUUGAUGGAGGUAAACGAUGAGAUUAUGCUUUUGAAAGGUGAAGCAGAACACAGUAAGGAGAAUUGCAAGAAACACGCUGAUAAAUGUGUGCAAGCAUGUAUGGAGUUCGGAAAUAAAAUUAAACAACGUGUCGAUGAAUUGACAAGUGGCAUUAGGGAAGGAAUAAAGGAGAAACAUAACGAAAACUUGACCUCUUAUUCCCAUAUUACUAAAAUGUGUGAUGAGAAAACCAAGUGGUGUCACAAUGAGGAAAGUAAAAUUGAUGAUUUUGUUGACAAUAAUAUGGCUGGACGCUUGUACCUAAUGAGCAGACAUUUUGAGAAAGAGGUUUCGGACGCCAGAACCCACCUCAAAGAAAUCAAACACAAACAUACUUUUAAAGGCUUCGACUUCAAAGAAAACACUGUUAUUCUUAAAUGCCUGUUUGAGGAUUUUGAGGAAGUUUAUGAACAACAUGAAGAAGUUACAGGAAGUGACGAUGGAAAUUCCAACGAUGUUUUCAUAUCACCUGCAAAAAUAAACAAGACCCGGCGGGAGCUCACUGCACUGUUGAAUCAACUCAAGCAAGACUUAGAUCAAUCGGAAAAGGCAAGGACUGCGCUGUGUGUUGAGCUGAAACAAGUGAAACAAGACAAAGAUAAUUCAGAAAAGACAAGGAAAGCACUGUGUGAUGAGCUGCAAAAAGUGAAACAAGAUAUUGAUAAUUCAGAAAAGAAAAGGAGGAGUCUCGAACAAGAAUUACUGAAAGCAAAACAGGACAUGGAGAAAGCUAAAAAGGAAAGAGCAGAAGUCAAUGCACAUGGUUCACAAAUCAAAGACAGAAUUAACUGGACUCAACCAACGGGAACUGUUAAUGUCACGGUCGACUUCGGUAUCAUUCACUUAGAAUUCACAUUCCCGGAUGGCAUUCAGACGACGCACCAUCCGUCCCCAGGAAGCCCGUAUAAAGGCGGUAGGUUCAACGGACGUUUGUGUAACGACACUGAGGGCGAGCUGCUAUGUAGAAUGUUAAAGGCCGCGUUCAGGAGAGGGAUGAUGUUCAUAUUGGGGAAAAAGGAAAAGUUGUCCUGGAUGGCGUCUCAUUGUAUGAUGGCCGUGUGUAUACAAGUUUCAGUUACCCUCAAUACAUACGUACCUUAAAAGCGAAACUGGCUGCCAAAGGUAUCACAGAGGCGAUCAUAGAUCAGACAGAGAAGUUGGAAGAGACUUUCGCUGUCGAUGGAUUAUCUUUGCUGGAAGCUGCAAGGAGUUCUUAAAGGUGCGGACAGUGGAGUCGACAGGGGUAUAACAGAGAUGUGUUUACGUUCUAAAGGACUCUUAAACAGACGUUAAUGGUUGAUUGUCCAUGAUUUUUCUUUUAAAACUAUUGUUGAUUUUCUCUCUCUCAAUGGCUUUAUGUUGGAACAAAUCACGCGUGUUGUAUAACGUAUUAUACUUCGUUGAUUACUUAUACUAAUAUCAUAUAAGGCUAACUGUGGUUUAUCUCGGUGAAAAAUUAUUGUGUUUUGAGAGUAUUGUAUUUUCAAAUGUUCACCCUAGUAAGUUAAAUGAGAAGGUAAAAUGGAAGCAAAAUGUCGAAAUGUAUACAAUAUUAUUAAUAUAGUGUACUCUCAUCGAUUUCGGUAGCGUUUUUUAAUAAAUAUCUUAAUUAAUAGAAACAUGUAUACAUGAUAACAAUAAUAAUCACAAGUUGCUUUUGUCUAUUUUGUAAAACGUCUUUCGAAAGUAAGCAAAGAGUUUUUUUGUAGUUUAAGUCUCACACGUUUGUAAAUAUGUAUUUCAUUUUAAGUGCAACCGUCAGAAAAACUAACUUUCAUGCAAACGUAUAAAUAUGCACUGCUUUGCUGUCGAGCUAUAUAUAAGUCUCGGAUAUAAUCGUUUUAAAAUGUAUUUGUCCAAGGUGUAUCAGCUUUACGCAAAAAUACUAAAAUAUAUUGUUUCAAUUUCUAAAUUAGCAUUUUGUUAUGACUUCGUGGUUACUAAUAUUACUAAUUGUAGUUAUUAAAUAUCAUAAUAAUUUUAGUUAAUUUAUUAAAGUACUGCAGAAUAAGAUUUUGUUAAAAUAUAUGCACACUAAGACCUAGUGUAUGGACGAUUACUCAUAUUUCACCGACAAUGCCAAGUUGGUUACAAUGUUUACAAAUGACUGUACAUGUAUUGUGAUAGCUGUGUACUGUUUGUUGUCUUUCAGCGUUAUACAUACUUUGCUUGGUAUUUGUUUUUUCGUUGAUCUAUAUGACUUUUAACACUGUAUUGGUAACAUGUAAAGCUACCUGGCAAGUCUUGAUGUUACCACUUUAUCUUUUAAACUAUUGCAAGUUAAUUUAGAGGUAGCGUUAGCAAUUUCAAUUAAUAAAUAGUUUUCUAUGAUGUAGAUUUAAAUAAAAGCGGUCAAAUGGCUAUUCAACAAGAUAGAAAACAACAACAACAAAAAUCAAAACAACAACAACAACAACAACAACAACAUUAAUUAGCAUGCACUUUAUCAUAGUCUUUACAUUGUAUCCUAUCUUGUAUUGUAAACUGUGGUUUAGGUAGCGCUGCGAGGUGACGGUCCGUUCUGACCUAACAUCAUGUGUCACUAUGUGAAUUAUAAACAAUGAUUUGUAUUGAUUUUGUACUGUUAUUCUUCCUUUUAAUCGGAAAAUAAAGACGAAUAUGCA